AUGGCCUCUCUUCCACAGACCGCUGGCCGAGCUGGUGGCAAGCUGAGUAACGAAGACUUGCAGGAGAUCCGAGUCAUCGAAGAUGAGCUAAAGAAAGUCAACGCCAAGUUCGACGACCUGGGACGAUUGCAGAAUCGAUAUUUGAAUGAAGUUAAUGUCGCUGAUGCUCGCAACACUAAAGAACGUCUUGAUUUUCUCACCUCUGAAAUCACUGGGCAGUUUGAAGAUCUCAGACGUCGUGUUCAACAGCUCAGAGCCCGAACCCAAAAAGGUUCUGGGCAAGACGGCACUUUCCCACUCAUCGUCGACAAUACGAGAAACAACGUAACCAAGGCUCUGAAUACGUUCAAAACGAUGAAAGAAGCUCACAGGAAGCAAUAUCUAGCAAAGGUUGCCAGAGAAUAUAACCUUGCUGGGCAAGACGCCUCUGAGGAGGCAAUCGAGGCAGCAAUUGCGGAAGGCGCUGACAGACAGGUCUUCGCCCAGGCCGUGAUGCAGAGCAAUCGAACUGAAAACGCCCAAAAUGCUCUGAACAACAUGAAGAACCGGCACCAAGACCUCGAGAACAUAUACCGUACCUUGGAGCAGCUUGCAGAGAUGUACCAAGAUAUGUACACUAUGGUUGAGCAGCAGGACGAAGUUGUAAUUAAGAUCGAGGAACAGACUGAAGCAGUGAACGACAACCUCGAUAAGGGUGUGGGGGAGAUAAACACUGCUGUGAAAACGGCAAGGGCAACGAGGAAGAAGAAGUGGUGGUGCCUAGGUAUAUGCGUGGCCAUUAUCAUCAUCAUUGUCAUUAUCGUUCUUAUCUACAUUUUUGUCAUCCGAGGCACUUCAGGUGGCAACAAGAACAGCAAACGGGAGCUCGAAGACCUCACUACCACAGCUGUGUCGAGCUUACGGUCCAUCGCUGUGCCGCAUACUCGACGAUUUGUUCCCCGCGCGACCGUGGAUAGAGAACUUGCUGAGCAAAUGGCUCGCAUUAGGGAACGAAUGCACUUUCCUCAGCUCCCAAGUAACUAA